UGGAUGGGUUUGGAGGAAGGGUAGAGGAGCAUGAGGCAGUGGGAGGCGUUUGCGACGCCUGGGAGUCGUCCGGUGGAGGGGGUGUCUCCGGAGAGGGGGGAGGCGGACGAAUUGUCGAUGCCAGAUGGGCCAUCGAUGGGACGGAGGGCGUCACCGAUGGGUGAGCCGACAGACGCGAUAUCGAUGCCAGGUCAGUGUCCUGGGGACUUUGUUCAUGAUAAGGAGGGGCCCUCGCUUGCCGAGGGCGGUGAUGCAGAGGUUGCGGGUCGAGUGGAGGCGGACUGGCGGGUGAAUCGUGCGGCGUUGGGGCAGUUGGUUUGUUGGUGCCCCAAUUGGCGACAACGAAAGCAACCCCCUUUUGCUUGGAGCAAGGGGCAUCUCGGGUUCGUGGGUGAGGGCGGUUGCAAGGUCUUUGUGGCAUACUCGUUUGAUGCGGGAGAUGAACGCAAAGUCGGGAAUGACGGUGUGGGGGAGGUGGUGGCGGAGGGAGCGGACGUAUUGGACGAAGCGGUCCAUGGGACCGGUCUGGCGGAGGUGGCAGAAUUGUUCAAGGUAGUUGUCAAUGGUUUUCUGGGGGUGGAAGGUGGCAGUGAGGAGGUUGGCCUAUUGGAGGAAGGUGUGACGUGGUGUUUCGGAGGCUCGGCGGUUGCUAACUUCAGCCAUCCACCAUUUGGCUGCAUUGUCGAGGAGGCGGGAGGUGGCAAUGGGGAGCCAGUGGGCAAGGGGCAUAUGGUGGAGGUGAAAAGAGUUAUGAAGCUGGGUGGUAGGAGUGGAGGAGGUCGGCGGGGGGGUGUUGCUGGAGGCGGCUGUGGAGGAGGGAGUGGUUUGCGUUGUGGAGGAGGGAGUGGUUUCCGCGGUGGUGAUGACCGUGAUGGAGGGGAUGGUCCCUUCGAUCGUGGUGACACGGUCGCAUAUGGACGACAUGUUGGCUUUUAUGUAGUCGAGAGAGGCGGUGACGGAGGUUCGGAGGGUGUUGAGUGCGUGGAGGAUGGUGGAGAGGUCGGGGGUGGCGGUGUUUGCUGGUGGUUGUUCGCCUGCGAGGUUGCGGGCGAUGCUAUCGACUGUGUCGGUGUGGAUGUCCGACAUGUUGAUAGAGGAUGCGGCCAUGUCGGGGGAAGGGGGGGUGGAGGACGUGGCCUGAACGGGUGUGGAGGAUGCAACAGCGGCGGCGUCGACGGCACGUUGGGAGUUCUUGGUUCGGCGUGGUGGCAUGUGGAGAUGGGGGGAGACAAUCCCUUAUAAUUUGAAAAUAAAUGAAUAAAUAAAGAUAAUUGCCAAGA